UUUACAAUCAUUUGAAAUAGGCUUGUAAGGACUAUCACAGCAACAGGAGUGUCUCUCCUUUACGCGAUAAGAAAUAUGAACUGGGACACCGUGGCCAAGCUGCCAUGGAUUAUCGGAACAACAGAAGUGUUUCUCCUCUACGUGGUAAAAACUAUGAAACAGGACACGGAGUUGCGAUCCCCCUUGUGCAUGAAAAUGCAAGUGAUCUUAUGGGCAUGAGAAUGAACAUGUCAUUGCCGGUCUCACCGUGCUCGAGCCCUCGACACCAGCAAAUACAGUUCAAUAGAAGCUGUGUUCCAUCUCCCAUACAUCCAGCCUACUCAGCUGGAGCACUCACCUAUGGGCCAAGCAACCAUUAUCUCUAUCAAGUCAGGCCAAGCCAUAAUUUCACAGACCCUUCUCUGGACAUUUCAGAACUCAGAAUCCAAACUCCAUAUAGCUCACCUAAGAGAUGACGACUCCAGGUUCUAGUUUUACUCAUAAGCUGCAGCAUAAGUGCAAUUAUUUUCACUCUCUUUAUGUGAAAAGGUUUGAAACCAAAUUAAAAUAUGGCCAAACCUGAAUUUGGCUACACAAAUGAGGCAGUUUCUGGAAAUAAAGUCAGUGUUGGUGGGUGUGAUCCUUUUUCUUAUUUGUUUUUCGGCGCAGAUGGUAUGUAUCCAAAAUGUGAAGUAAGAUUACACCAAUUCUGUAUAGUAUAUAAAAGGCUUGGGACUAGAUGUAGACGGUGUUGAUUGAUGCCACUUGAACAAAACAUAAUGAAAAUUAGUUCCCC